CGAGUUUCAUAGUGAUCUAUGAUCCUGUUGAGGCCUGUACUUUGAAACUUCCCAAGAUUCAAAUUCUAAAAAAAAGGCCUUUUGAUAAAUUAGGCUGGUUUAUGUGGUAUGUUAAGUUACUUGGGAAGCACGGUCAAAAACUUGAUAAACCUUGGGUUCUGUUGUUUGGAUAAAUGCUGUUAUAACUGUUGUAGAAAUUAUGUGAAAUUCCUAAAGUUUUACUGUGUUCUGGUAUGAGGUCAUCACUGGACACCCUGAGCUUCAACACACAGCAGCCCCUAACAGGGUUCCCUUCUGUUCACCUCCACGCCAGGCACUCCGGACACAAUGGCCCUGGUGUCUGCUGAUUCCCGCAUCGCGGAACUUCUCACGGAGCUCCAUCAGCUGAUUAAACAAACCCAGGAAGAGCGUUCGCGGAGUGAACACAACUUAGUGAACAUCCAGAAGACCCAUGAGCGGAUGCAGACAGAGAACAAGAUCUCUCCCUAUUACCGGACAAAGCUGCGCGGGCUCUAUACGACCGCCAAGGCUGAUGCGGAGGCUGAGUGCAAUAGGAAAUACAUUCUCUGAUGUGGCUUCAUCAUGAUAUUAAGACCUCUUCGUCAUCUCUGUACUACUACCACUAAGGACUCCUGUGCGGCCCUACUGAGCCGGGUGCUAUUCCAAGUACGUUACGUACUUAUCUCAUGUAAUGCUCAGAGCGACCGCAAGGUGGACGUUACCCCCAUUUUACAGGUGAGGACACUAAGAUACAAGGGGUUCCAUAAUCUGCUAAAAGUCACAAAACUAGUAAGUCGGGGAGCCCUGUUGUAGAUCCAAAGUCCAUAUUCUUUAACACCAUAAUAGAAUGGUGUAAUGAUCACCUUUCCACGGCACACACAUAUAUCACAGAACUGGAACAAGAAGUACGGUUUGUACCGUUACCGUAUAUAUAGUCGGGGAUUUGUUUGUUUGUUUGUUUUUAAACGUUUUUUUAUUUAUU